AAAAAAAAAAGAGAUGUGGAAACUAUCAAAGAGAAGAAAUGUGUAUUGAAUAUGAACACAAUAAAAGGCAAAAAAAAUAGAUACAAAAACUGUGAGAAACAAGAAGAACAUCUUGCACAUGAUCAUAACCAAAAAUGCAAGAAAAAGAAUAUUGAAAUAAUUGAGAAACAAGAAACUCAUAUUGAGAAUAACUGUAAAUCAGAACUUUCAGAAUCUGAUAAAAAACUUUAA